AUGUUACGCAAGGCCAUACUCACAUUCUUAUAUGUAACAGAACGGACGUUUUUAUUUCAUGCUCAAAGGAAAACGGCACAUAUUUCGCAAUUAAACUGUAACGACAUGGCUGAAUCGCAAGUUUUGAAGACAACUACAGUGGAUGAACACAGUGACGCUGAAGACGCUUCAUUUUCGAUAGGAUCUUCAAGACCUAGUCGUGCAAAUAUUGCUAAGGAUACUCUUGCAAAACUCAAAGCUGGUUGGUAUGAAUCACCUGAUGGCACCAAAAUCGCCCUUGAAGAUGAUGUCAAAUUCUCUAAUCAACAGAGUAUUUUAUAUACCGAAGACGAUCUCCAAAAUACAACACAACUGAACGCAAACUUAGACGAAACAAAUCCUACACGUCUAACUUUGGAUAGUUUUCAAACCAAAAUAGAAAGUCGACUUUGCUCAACAUUAGAAGCAGCCAGAUCGCUUGUUGCUGAGGUAGGCGAAGAUCAUGUGGGAGUGUUGAAUUUCGCUUCAGCUAAAAAUCCUGGUGGUGGCUUCCUCGGUGGUGCACAAGCACAAGAAGAGUCUAUUGCUCGCUCUUCGUCACUUUAUAUGGCUAUUACACAAGAUCAAUUCAUGGAUGGAUACUAUAGCUAUCAUCGACAUGGUGAACGAGGUGUCUACAGUCAUCGAAUGAUCUAUUCUCCACGAAUAACUAUUUUUCGAGACGACAAUGGAGAUCUAUUACCGCUACCGUAUCAUGUAGGCAUUAUUACUUGUCCUGCUCCUAAUGCAGGAGUAAUCAAUGAUCGAAUAGACAGUCGAAAUAUAAUGAGCGAACGUAUUAAGCGUGUACUAUACGUUUUUAAAGCGCAUAAACACGACACACUUCUAUUAGGGGCCUUCGGCUGUGGUGUAUUCAAGAAUAAUCCAUAUGACGUUGCUCUAAUCUUUCGAGAACAAUUGGAAUCGAACUUAUACAGAAACUCGUUCAGACGCAUUGUUUUCGCAAUUACAAAUCCUGCAAUGUAUCGAAUAUUCAAACAAGUUUUCGAUUCUCCCGAUCUACACGAGCUACAACAACAAAUGGCAUUAAUGACUUUCGAUCACAACAAGAAAAAACAUUCGUCAGAUAAAAAUCGAAAACAACAGAGAAAAGAACGACGUCAACAAAAGUAUCAGAAUGAUUAA